AUGUUUGCCUCUUUUCAGAAUCUGCGCACCCAGUGGUUCCCGCCCAAAGCGGCCUUUACUGAGAAAGAGCUGCCCUCGCAGGGGGGUCGGAUUUUUAUUGUGACGGGCGGCAAUAGUGGUGAGCGUGCCGAAGAUGCGAUUCAAUCCAUCGUGAAGGUUCAACCUGCGCCGAAGUUGCCUGGCAAGAUCAAGUUUCUCCAUCUUGAUCUCAGCGAUUUGGAGUCAGUCAAGGAGGCGGCGACUACCUUUGCACAACAAGAAUCAAAGCUCGACGUCCUCUGGAAUAAUGCGGGGACUGGAGCGUUCCGAGUGGAAGUUGGUGCUAGAACAGUUCAGGGAUUCGAGGCUAUGGUGGGGAUGCACUGUAUUGCGACUUUGCUUUUCACCGAGCUCCUACGACCGCAGCUACGGGCGGCCGCAGCAGCGCCCGAGACACCUCGUGGAUCUGUUAGAGUAGUGUGGACAUCCAGCUUUAUGGCCGAGGGCGGCACGCCGACGAACGGUAUUGAUUUCAACGUGUUAGAGAAGGGAACCAAUGAUCGCGCUCGCAACUAUUCUGUCUCGAAGGCGGGAACCUGGAUGCUGGGACGGGAGUUGGCCCGACGAUUCCAUCUUGACCAGGAAAACAUUGUGAGCGUGGUGCAGAACCCAGGCAAUCUGAAAGCGAAGGUCUAUGAAGGGACUCCGGCGGCUCUCAUGUUUUUUAUCCACCCUUUACUCCUCCACGAGGCCAAGCUUGGGGCCUAUACUGAGCUAUACGCCGGUUUAUCACCCGAGAUAACACUUGAGGAGAAUGGCGCCUACAUCAUUCCCUGGGGAAGGAUUCGAGAGGAUAAGGAUUGUCCACGACGAGAUAUCAUCACGGCGAUGACUUCAGCUGAGGAUGGGGGACUUGGAUACCCAACACGGCUUUGGGAGUGGUGUGAGCAGCAAUGGAAGCCCUUUGUGUAA